CAUACAACUAACACUCAUGCAGUCAAUGUUGAAGAUGUAAACUCUUUGACAUUUGACGAACAAAUAUCUUAGAGCUCUACAACAGAAAUAUUCAACCCAGCACUAUCUAGAACAGUCACAAAAACGCCAACAUUAGCCAACAGUGAAAUCGUAAUGGAUGACCCCUCGCCGCGCCCGCAAAUCUCCCAUCACCGAGAGCCUAGACCUCGCAGGGACAAAAAAAAGCACAGUUGGGAUCUCCUUCCAACAGAAGUCGUCCUGCAAAUAAUAUCCAAUCUAUCCACACCCGCCCACCUUGCCCUCCGACUCGUCUCACGCAGGUUUCACGCCAUCUCGUCUGAGGUCCCGCUCAUUAGACAGCUGUGGUUCGGCCCCUACCUAGAAGAUCGCAAAGCCUUCAUGGGUGUGUGUGACCAUCCAUUCCUCGGUGAGCACGUAACGGCUCUUACAUACGACAUCACGCGGUUCAGGGAAUUCCCCUUCGAAGAGUUGUGCCGACUUUGGCCUAGGCCUUGGAGGUACGAAGCAGAGCCUCGCACUCGUGAUCAGAAGGGUAAAGGCUGGCUUGAGAAUCACCCUGGACUGUGGCAGUAUCUAGAGGUAGUUAAAGAGGCGAAAUCCAGCGCGUUCGAUGAGAGUCGGGCGUUGACGGAGGGGCUGAGAAAACUCCCUUCGGUGAAGACCGUUCGACUAGCAUUUGCGUUUCAGAAGGGGUGGUUAGUGGCUCGUGAAGAACGUAUGAGCCCGUUAAGGAUGUACUCGGAUGUGGAGUGGGUUAGGCGACAGAAGAAACCUUGGGAUGCUACGAUUAAUGGGGAGCAUAUGGGAAUACUUUUGGAUUCAAUCACUAAAAGCGGAGCAAAUAUUGAAGAGCUUGACCUCUGGCAAGAUUAUAUCACCGUUCCGCUAAGUGCGUUUAAAUUUAAAGAACGAUUCGACGAGCUUUCAGUCAUAUUUAGCCGCUUAACGAGGUUCACUAUCAGAAUUUCUAAGUCGAGCCUGGAAAAGCAAAAAGAUGUUACGGCUUUUCGGAACUUGUUAGCUUUCGCGAAGAAGCUGAGGCAGUUCCACCUAUGUAUUAAUCCUCGCUUCACAUAUUGGGAGUCUCAAGACUAUCUCCAGGAAUUAGUUGGUCACUCCAUAUUGGCUCGGAUGCGAAAGAUAGAAUGCACUGGACGGCCAACUCUCCUAACUACUGGGCGAAGUUCGACAGAUUCAUUUGACCCGGUAUAUCCGGGAACUGUGUGGAUAUUCGAGCAUCCUGAUCUGUCUCCAGCAACUGCCAGCGAUACUUACUUUAGAAGUGUGGGUGGGUUAAGUUUUGAUAUUCGGUAAAUAGGUGCUGAUAUACAGCGAGGUAUGUGUGGCGAAGAGGACGCAGAGGAAGUGUGUAGAAAUAACGAGAAAUGGAACAUAAUGAUGAGGCUUAGAAGCACCUAAAGACUUGAGCAGAAAGAUUUUGAAACCGCUAAAUUUGUAUGCUAUUGUAACUCAAGAAUACUUUCCAACGAGGGGGGAAGAGGGGUUAUGUUUUGACAUGGUGUCGUAUGUUCGUGGGUCUCCCGACAGGAAGCCUCUUCAAAGGCUUCCUUGGCGCAGUAGCCCAUUGCGACUUUUGGUGAUGAUGAAUGGGGAUAGGACCGAUCGACUGGCAGGCCAACAUAUCGACUGGGCUGAAAGGUAAAGGCAGUUGACAAAAGACGGUAAAGCGAAGUAAGCCAACAGAUUGCUUGAAAGUACUGAGUUGAGGACAGAGCGAAUAAUAUAAGGGCACCCAAAGAGAGUAAUGAGUGCAGUGCGAAAUGGAGG